AUGGCUGAGACUUCAGGAGCUAAUGGUAAUGGAACCCAUGUUUUUAAUGUGGAAGAUGGUGAUGGCAACAGUCACAGACUUUCCCAAUCUUCCACCAAAACCAACCAAGAAUCAAGCAGUUUUGGUCUCUCUGUGCCUUUCAUGCAGAAGGUGAUUGCUGAGGUGUUGGGUACAUACUUCGUGGUAUUUGCAGGCUGUGGGGCUGUGGUGGUGAAUUUGAGCACAGAUAAGACGGUGUCCGCUCCAGGAAUUUCAAUUGUUUGGGGACUGGUUGUGAUGGUCAUGGUUUACUCCGUUGGUCACAUCUCCGGUGCCCAUUUUAAUCCUGCUGUCACCAUUGCUUUUGCCAUUACCAAGAGGCUUCCAUGGAAACAGGUACCGGCUUACAUAGCAGCUCAAGUCCUUGGAUCAACACUUGCAAGUGGUACCCUUAGACUGAUAUUCCAGGGGCACCAGAACCAUUUUGCUGGAACACUUCCUACUGGAAAUCCCUGGCAGUCAUUUGCGAUUGAGUUCGUUAUCACAUUUUACCUCAUGUUUGUUAUUUCUGGUGUUGCCACAGAUAACAGAGCGAUUGGAGAGCUUGCCGGGCUUGCGGUUGGCGCUACGGUUCUUCUUAACGUGAUGUUUGCGGGGCCAAUCUCAGGAGCAUCAAUGAACCCAGCAAGAAGCAUAGGACCUGCAAUUGUUUCAACCCAAUAUAAGCACCUGUGGGUUUACAUUUUUGCACCAACUCUUGGGGCUGUGUGUGGUGCUUUGGUCUAUAAUGUUAUCAGGUUCACAGACAAGCCUCUGCGUGAGAUCACCAAGAGUAGCUCUUUCUUAAAAGCCGUGGGAAGCAAGUAA